AUGACGAUGGCCGACAGCGAUGCCGAAUCGUCGAUCGACACACCACGGAGUCUCGAUGUCCCGUUUGCCAAUCGCAAAACUCUUCGAUCAUCAAUUAUUAAGCAUGGAAGUCGGGCAAAAAGUCCGGCGAGUAGCCGAAAAACGGUCUCGUUCUCAUCGAAAAACAAUGACACGAAAAUCUCGAAUGUGAGCGACUGCUGGAAUUAUAUGCAAACUGGAAGCGAUUUCGUGAAACUUCGCGGCACGAAUCGACAAUUUCGGCGAUUUUUUAGCCUCGACGCCGAUUUGUCGCAUAUCCGCUGGACGCCGACCAACAAGAAGCCGCAUAAAGCUAGAAUUGCAAUAGAAGACAUUCGAGAAAUUCGACUUGGAAAAAACACCGAACUUCUCCGAGCUUCUGAAGAUGUUCUAUGUGAUCUCCAGGAGGAAUGCCUGUUUUCUAUCAUUUACGGCGACAAUUACGAAACGUUAGAUCUGAUCGCGGCUAGUGGAGAUGAUGCGAACAUCUGGGUAACUGGACUGAUGGCAUUGACGUCAAACAAAUAUGAUUGUAAACCGUCGAGUUCUCAAUGGGCGACACUUCGAGAGCGAUGGAUUGAAUCAGUUUUUGAUGAGUUCGAUGAAAACAAGAAUGGAUGGAUCGAUGAGAAAUCAGCGUUUAAUGCAAUUCGACACAUUAAUUCGAGGAUUUCACCGCAUAGAAUCAAAAAUCGAAUUAAGGAGGUGACUGUUGGCGCGAAUGAAUGCGAAAGGGGAAAAAUAACCAAGACAGAGUUUGUAGAUUUGUAUAAAGAAAUCGGCACAAGACAUGAGGUGUACUUCCUCAUGGUUAGGUAUGCAAACAAGGACUAUCUUUCCUGUCAGGACCUUCGGUUGUUUUUGGAAACUGAGCAAGGCAUGAUUGGUGUGACAACGGACCAUUGCGAGAAUCUCAUCGAGCAAUACGAGCCAGCUCCCGAGGCGAAAGAAAACAAUUUCAUGACAGUCGACGGGUUUACCGCGUUCCUUUUCUCAUUUGAUUGCUCAAUUUUUGAUCCGACGCAUGCCGUCGUCACAAUGGACAUGAAACAGCCGUUCAAUCGAUAUUUCAUCGCUUGCUCACAAAAAACGUAUUUGGUCGAAGAUCAGCAAGGGCCAGCCUCAGUUGAUGGAUAUUCAUCAGCGCUGAAAAGGAAUUGCAGAAUAAUCGAUGUGGACAUCUGGGAUCCGAAUGAAGAAGAUGGUGAAAAGGAACCGAUGAUUCAGAACGGACCAUUAGCGACAUUCAAGGUGCCUUUGUCAUCAGCCUUACAAGUGAUUCGUGAGACUGCAUUUGAGAGAAGUCGCUAUCCACUUUUACUUCAUUUGUCAGUGCAUUGUUCGAUGGAUUGGCAAAAAGUUGCUGCGAAAUUGAUCACCACCCAUCUUGGCACGAAGCUUUAUCUCCCGACAGCCGAUCCAACGAAUUGGAAAGAAGAUAAGAAUGUUCCGACACCUUGGGAUUUUCAAAAUCGAAUUAUAAUUAUUGGUAAAAAGUUGGAAAACGAAGAUAACGAAAGCGGAGAAGUUUCGGAAGAAGAUGACGGAGUUGCGAAUUCGUCGAAGCGGAAAGGUCGACGAAUCACAUUGUGCAAGGAGCUGUCGGACCUUGUUCCGCCAUUCUUCAAUAUCAAAACUCUGAACGAUUUGAUGGCGACGGCACCUGGAUCGACAACGAUGUCGGCUCGCAAAAAUCUUGCAUCGGUUAGCGAAUCAACGUGCCUUCGAUUGAUGCACACCUACGCUUCCGAAUUCGGACAAGCUACCAGAGAUUUCUGCGUUCGGGUUUGUCCGAAUGCUUCCAGAAUUGAUUCGUCGAAUCUGAAUCCGCAAGAAUUUUGGAAUAAUGGUGUCCAGAUGGUAUGCCUUAAUUAUCAAACUCCAGGUUUGAUGAUGGACUUACAGGAAGGGAGAUUUUCCGAAAAUGGCGGUUGCGGAUAUGUGUUGAAGCCGGCAAUUAUGAAAGAUGAUAUUUUUGUUCCCGGAGACAAAUUGCCAGCAGCCCCGCAGAUUCUUCACCUUCGAAUCUUGUCCGGCCAGCAACUUCCUAGACCGCGAGGCUCGAAUGCCAAGGGCGACUCAGCGGAUCCUUUUGUAGUUGUUGAAAUAUUUGGACUACCUGGAGAUUGUGCAGAAGAGCGAACUCGCACAGUCCGCAAUGACAGCACGAAUCCAUCAUUCGACGAAUCCUUUCAAUUCCAAGUUUGUGUUCCUGAACUCGCUCUUGUUCGAUUUCUGGUACUCGACGAUGAGUACAUUGGCGACGAUUUCAUUGGCCAAUAUACAAUUCCGUUCGAAUGCCUUCAACCAGGAUAUCGUCACAUCUACUUAUUGAAUAACGAGGGAGACCCAUUGGAAAAUGCGACAUUGUUCGUCCAUGUCGCAAUUACGAAUCGUCGGGGAGGAGGAAAGGCAAAAAAAUGCGGGAUGUCGGUGAAGCGCAAAAAUUCGCGAAUCUCAUCCGGCAUGAAGCUCGUCGGCAUCAAAUUCGUCGAUGAUCAAUUCAAGGUGGCGGUCGCGCCUUUGGGAGAAUCGAUUGCAAUGCGAAAUCGGCUCGAAAGUGCCAUGGUUGAUUGGCAAGAGGAAUGCGGAUUGGGACCAGCGGGAACCAUUCGACAAGGAAUUCGACUGAUUCAUUCCAGAAUGAUCACUCUGGCGGUUAAUGCUUCGCCUCCGUCUUCUCCAUCGCCGAACUCAGAUUCAAGCCGAAUUGGCGAUAUUCCGUCAUUUUUGAUUGACAGCGAUGAGCACGGCUAUCCUGUCAUUUUGGUGACCGGAAAUUUGCCGGAACAACUGCAACGAACGUUUUCGAAACUCAAAACUCUAAUUGCGCACUGUGUGACGACAUUAUCGCAAGCCGAUUAUUUGCUGACCAAAAUUGAGGAUUCGAUCAGAAAGAUUUCGGAAUGCCACGAGGAAUUGUCGAAACUUUGUUUGGAGAGUGGAUUGAAGGGACAAAAAGCGACUAGAGCUGCUGAAAAUUUCACUUGGAAUUUAAGACUUCUCAAGGCUCAACUCACACUAAUGAAUAAGAGUCAGGAAGAAGCACAAGAUGUUGUUACUCAAGUGUUCGAUACCGGAGGCGUUCUGGGAAUUCUCUCCGAAAAACUGAUGAAUCACCGAAAUGGCCGAAGAUUUUCGCGUGUUGUUCCCGAUCCCAUCAAAGAUUCCAUACGAAAGCAUUUGAAUUCGAAACAGACGCAACCAACGCUAACGAAAUUGCAAGAAUUCAAGCAAAAAGAAAUAUUAUUUAAUAUUCGAUACGGAUUUGAUCGAAAACAAAAAGCAGUUUCGGAUUCGAUUGAAUCUUCUUCUGAAGGCUCUACGAAGGUUGAGAAGUUUGUGAAUCAGCAGUAUGAGGAGAGAAGUCCAACUACCAGUCCGAAACCGAAUCCCGAAAAGAUUGAAUACGCGGAAUUGGAUCAGGAACUUGGAUCUAGAAAUCAUUCGAGGCCAGGAACCUAUCGUCAGUUGACACUUCUCCUCUCAUGCGUUGCCAUUUUAAAAAACAAUCUGGUUUUUACCGAAUGUUAUUUAACAUCAGGAGGAAUUUAUUUUCUCAUUCCUUAUUUCAUCGUCGCCAUGCUCUUCGGUGUUCCAAUGGCACUUUUCGAGUUGUCGUUAGCGCAAUUCACAUCGCUUCCGGUUUUCGCAAUUUUUCAACGAAUCGCUCCUAUUAUGACUGGAAUUUCUCAUUUGAUAUUGGUCAUUCGCAUUCUUUAUACGGUAUAUGUCGCAUUUGAGCCCAGAUUUGUAAUGUAUCUCAACAAAUCGCUAGUUACUGUGCUAAUGAAUGACACCGAAUGGCUGAAUUGCAAAGAAUAUUUGGCGUUUAAAUGCUAUGAUCCACGACUGAAAUGCGGAAACAAUGAAUAUCAAUUCAAAGGCGAAUGUAUUAGAAAUGUGGCAUCGGAUGAACUUGCCAAAUAUCAUGAUUAUACUUCCUUGUCGUAUUUCGCAAAUAUCGAAGUCUCGAAUAAAAUGACGCCUGCCCAAAUUUAUAGUUUUGUGAAAACAUCGGAUUUGACCGAACAAUUGAUUGUUACACUCAUUGUGCUCUGUAUUGCCGGCUAUAUUUCAUACAGAGGACAUCGAUAUUUCGCAUCGUUGUCGAGUUUCUUCUGUCUCACCCCAAUUCUCGGGGUUCUCCCAUUCGCAAUCAUGUCCUAUUAUGACAUACACAAAAAAGGAGAGAUGGACGCAUUCGACGAAUUCUUUGGCGCUUCGAAUUUUCGAACAGCGAUGAGAAUUGAUUCAUGGAUAAAUGCAUGUCGAGCGACUGUCAAAACCGUGUAUAUUGCUGACGGAACAUUAUUCACAUUGGGGAGCAUGGCUGAUUUUCGUCACAAUUUUUUCAAAGAUGCAUUUCUACUCGCACUUCUCGGUGUAUUCUAUCGGAUAAUUCUAUUCUUCGCCCUCGCCCCUUUGUUCUAUGUGGGAUACGUUGUUAUCGAUUCUUAUCCUUCAAUUGUGCAUUUCAAACCGGAACAGACGCAAUUUUAUGCCGUCGAAUUAUUCUUUUCGGCUCUACCAUCGUAUUCGCUCGACUCGCUGUCAAUCCGAACCACAUUUCUGGUUUACGCGUUGCUUUAUUUGACAAUCAAUGUGGCUUUAGUUGCCUAUCAGGUGAUAACCUAUGAAAUGUUAAUCUCUUGGGCGUAUCACGUCUUUCCACGUCUUCUGUAUCUUCCGCAGAAAAUUGUGCGACUUUGUGUCAUCGUUGCAAGCAUUUCGGUGUUUAUGCUGCUGUUCUGGCAUUCGUAUACCGUCCGUGCGAAACAAAUCAGUUUUCUACGUGAGGAAAUCGUCGAUAAAAUGUAUUUGGGUUUCGUUUCGACUAUCGCGUUUGCACAAAUUACUGGAAUCGGAAUAUUCUAUGGACACAAAAGGGUUCUUGUGAACUGUCUGACAAUGCUGAAAAAAUACAAAAAUGUUCAUCGAUUAAUUGGAAGAUGUCGAUUAUGGCUCUACUUUGAAUGGAAAAUUAUUCUUCCUCUCGCUUGCGUUACGACAAUUUUCCGGGUUCUUCGCGCCAUCAUCCCGGCAAUUCAUCUCGUCGCGGUUAUCUACACAAUCGUCUCCGGAAUCCCCUUGUUCUAUGUCCUUCGACUCGUCGUUUUGAGCAAAAUCAAUGGGCCAUCCGCUCAUUUCUUGAUCAUGCUUCAUCGCCGUUGGGGACCAGUGAAUGUUGGAAAUGCGCGAGACGCCGAGCACGACGAACGAGCUGCUCGCAUUGUCUUAUAA